AUGAAUCACGUGUGCUGAGGCCGUCUUAAAGAGAUAGGCACCUACUUUUCCUCCACCCUAAACACCGCCCUGAGGGCGGAGGCGACCGCGGUGAUUGCAGCUGCUUAGGGGCAGGGCUUGCCCCAGCGCUGAGUGGUAGCACCGGCGUGGUUGCGUCGGGGUUGCCUGGGAGUGGGGCGACCCAGGGGGGCCUGGGAGCGGCGUUUGGCGGGCAACCCUCUCUGUCCGUGGACGCGGGACAUCCGGAGCGCUCCGAGGGGCUUUUGCCCUUGAGGAGACGUAGGGUUCCGGGGCGGCAGGUGACAGGGCCAGAGAAAGAUGGAGCAGCUCGGGGCGGCGGCGUCGGGAGCUGGAGGCGGCGGCGAGGAACCCGGCGUGGGCCGGAGCAACAAGCGGAGCGCGGGGAACCGGGCCGCCAACGAAGAAGAAACGAAAAACAAACCCAAAUUGAACAUUCAAAUAAAAACUUUGGCAGAUGAUGUGCGUGACCGAAUUACAAGUUUCAGAAAGUCUACCGUCAAAAAAGAAAAACCUCUUAUUCAACAUCCUAUUGAUUCUCAAGCCGCGAUGACUGAGUUUCCAGCAGCUCAGCCAUUAUAUGAUGAACGAUCUCUGAAUUUGUCUGAAAAGGAAGUUCUGGACCUCUUUGAGAAAAUGAUGGAGGAUAUGAACCUUAAUGAAGAAAAGAAGGCUCCUUUACGAAACAAGGAUUUUGCCACCAAGCGUGAGAUGGUUGUUCAGUAUAUUUCUGCCACUGCAAAAUCUAUAGUUGGAAGUAAAGUUACGGGUGGCCUAAAAAACAGCAAGCACGAAUGCACCCUGUCUUCACAAGAAUAUGUUCAUGAAUUGCGAUCGGGUAUUUCAGAUGAGAAACUUCUCAACUGUCUGGAAUCUCUGAGGGUUUCCUUAACCAGCAAUCCUGUGAGCUGGGUUAACAACUUUGGCCAUGAAGGACUUGGACUUUUACUGGAUGUGCUGGAAAAGCUUCUGGACAAAAAACAGCAAGAAAAUAUCGACAAGAAGAAUCAGUACAAACUCAUUCAGUGCCUGAAAGCAUUUAUGAAUAAUAAGUUUGGACUGCAAAGGAUUCUAGGAGAUGAGAGGAGUCUUUUAUUGUUGGCAAGAGCAAUUGACCCUAAACAACCCAACAUGAUGACUGAAAUAUUAAAAAUACUUUCUGCUAUUUGCAUUGUUGGGGAAGAAAACAUUCUAGACAAACUUUUGGGUGCCAUCACUGCUGCAGCUGAAAGAAAUAACAGAGAACGAUUUUCACCAAUUGUGGAAGGACUAGAAAACCAUGAAGCAUUACAACUCCAGGUGGCCUGCAUGCAGUUCAUAAAUGCACUUGUCACUUCUCCAUAUGAUCUUGAUUUUCGAAUCCAUUUGAGGAAUGAAUUCCUCCGUUCUGGACUAAAAGCAAUGCUCCCAGGUCUUAAAGAAAAAGAGAAUGAUGAGCUUGAUAUUCAGUUGAGAGUGUUUGAAGAGAAUAAAGAAGAUGACCUAACUGAAUUAUCCCACCGUCUCAAUGACAUUCGAGCUGAAAUGGAUGAUAUGAAUGAAGUCUACCAUCUUCUCUAUAAUAUGCUGAAAGACACUGCAGCUGAAAGUUACUUAUUAUCCAUUUUGCAGCACUUUCUGCUUAUCAGAAAUGACUAUUAUAUCAGGCCACAGUAUUAUAAAAUAAUUGAGGAAUGCGUUUCACAGAUAGUGCUGCACUGCAGUGGCAUGGACCCGGACUUCAAGUACAGGCAAAGAUUAGACAUUGAUUUCACACACCUGAUAGAUGCUUGUGUAAACAAGGCAAAAGUUGAAGAAAGUGAACAAAAAGCAAUGGAAUUUUCAAAGAAGUUUGAUGAAGAAUUCACAGCUCGACAGGAAGCUCAAGCGGAGCUUCAGAAAAGAGAUGAAAAAAUCAAAGAACUGGAAACAGAAAUCCAGCAUCUUAGAACCCAGGGAGCUCCAUCUUCAAUUCCAGGCCCACCUCCACCACCUCCACUGCCAGGUGCUGGACCAUGCCCACCACCUCCUCCUCCUCCACCACCACCACCUCCACUUCCUGGAGUAGUUCCUCCUCCACCACCUCCCUUACUUGGAUUGCCUGGUGUUCCACCACCACCACCACCACCUUUGUUUGGAGGACCUCCUCCACCACCACCCCCUGGAGGAAUUCUUCCUCCCCUACCUGUACCAAUUGAGCUACCAUAUGGAAUGAAGCAGAAAAAAGUAUAUAGGCCAGAAGUAUCCAUGAAAAGAAUCAACUGGUCCAAGAUUGAGCCUAAAGAAUUGUCUGAAAACUGUUUCUGGCUAAAAGUAAAAGAAGAAAAGUUUGAGAAUCCAGAUCUGUUUGCGAAAUUGGCCUUGACAUUUGCUUCCCAGAUAAAAGGUCAAAGGAAUAUAGAUGCUGUAGAAGAAAAUAAGAGUGGACCUCCAAAGAAGAAAGUGAAGGAAUUGAGAAUUUUGGAUCCCAAAACAGCCCAGAAUCUGUCUAUCUUCCUGGGAUCUUAUCGCUUACCAUAUGAGGAAAUAAAGAACAUUAUUUUGGAGGUUAAUGAAGAGUUGCUCAGUGAGGCCCUAAUUCAGAAUCUUGUUAAACACCUUCCUGAGCAGAAUGUACUCCGAGAACUAGCACAGCUUAAGAAUGAAUAUGAUGAUCUCUGUGAGCCUGAACAAUUUGGUGUUGUGAUGAGCUCGGUGAAAAUGUUACGGCCUCGUCUCAUGAGCAUCCUUUUCAAACUCACCUUUGAAGAACAUGUAAACAACAUCAAACCAGGCAUCAUAGCAGUAACUCUUGCAUGUGAAGAACUGAAGAAAAGUGAAAGCUUUAACAGACUUUUAGAGUUGAUUCUUUUGGUUGGAAACUACAUGAACUCAGGCUCAAGGAAUGCCCAAUCUUUGGGCUUUAAGAUCAACUUCCUUUGUAAGAUUAGAGAUACAAAGUCAGCAGAUCAAAAAACAACCCUUUUGCAUUUUCUUGCUGAAAUCUGUGAGGAAAAACACCGUGAUAUCCUGAAAUUUCCUGAUGAGCUAGAACAUGUGGAAAGUGCAAGCAAAGUUUCAGCUCAAAUUCUCAAGAGCAACCUUGCAGCAAUGGAACAAAACAUUCUUCAUUUGGAGCGUGACAUCAAGAACUUCCCCAAAGCGGAAAGUCACCAUGAUAAGUUUUUGGAAAAGAUGACGAGCUUUGCGAAGAAUGCCAGAGAGCAAUAUGAAAAACUAUCUACCAUGCACAACAAUAUGGUGAAGCUGUAUGAGAACCUGGGAGAAUACUUCAUUUUUGACCCGAACAUGGUAACCAUAGAAGAUUUUUUUGGUGAUCUCAACAACUUCAGAAACCUAUUUUUGGAAGCAGUGAAAGAAAAUCAUAAGAGAAAAGAAAUGGAAGAGAAGAGCAGAAGAGCCAAACUUGCAAAAGAGAAAGCUGAACAUGAGAAGCUGGAACGCCAGAAGAAGAAGAAGCAGCUCAUUGAUAUAAACAAAGAGGGUGAUGAGACCGGAGUGAUGGAUAAUCUUCUGGAAGCCCUACAGUCAGGUGCAGCGUUUAGAGACCGCAGAAAGCGAAUUCCAAGGAAUCCGGAUAGCAGACAGGCCCCUCUGGAAAGAUCACGCUCUCGCCACAAUGGAGCCAUGUCAUCCAAGUGAUUCCUGAUGCCAGAGAGAGUGGAGACAUUUAAGAAAACAAAAUCAUCCAUCUUGAGAAGAACAAAAUAUACACUCAAGGGUUUGAGUGGAAAUAAAUGCAUUUCCACAAAGGUCAAGCUGAGCUGGGUGAAGUAAUGUGUAUUUGUAGGAGUACUGCAAGUACGCUAAUUCGAACCCAGCUGUCAUGAUUAGAAAACACUUGUUCCUCUGUAGUGUAAAGAUGCACAUUACUUGUCAUUGUGUGUAUAUAUGGUGACCUGACUGUGAAAAUGAAAGUAUUAAAAAAAAAUAGAAGAAUCCUAAGGCUUCUACAAACAUUCCAGUCUGUCAAAGAAUUUAAAACUGAAAUUUCUAGGUCAUGCCUACCUACCCCACCCCACCCCACUGCCCCCCUCAAAAAUAAAUAAAUAAAAAUAAAAAGGGAGAAAGGGGACUGGAAAGGAAGAAUUUACAGUGUCUACUUCUAGCUCCUCUGAUGUACAUAGUGUAAAGUCUGAGAGAAUGGGUGCAUCAGUGAUUGGGCACACUCUGAAAGAGAAGCCCCAGUCAAGGUAUUUAGAACCAAUCUCAAAUGAAAGCUGAUGGAUUCAUCUAUUUGGCAGAAAUUAGUUUUACCAUUAAUCUAGUAUUUAAGCGUGAUAUCACAGGCACUUAUCAUUACUAAAAAUAAACCAAAGUUUAACAGAAUCAGCUAGAUUUCAACUUUAAGAAGUAUUUUCUAAUUCUGCAUAGAUAUCUGCCUUAUAGAAAUUCUUUAUAUAGCAAUUUUUGAGAAAACCUCUACACAUUCAUGCAUAUGCUAGGGAUGAGCCUGAAAAUUCUAUUGCCUUUAUUGAGAUUUGAGAGGUAAAUAUUGAUUUCUGGUUCUUCACUCUAGUGCUUCUUUCUCCCUUCCCCCUGAGAGGUAGGGAAUAGAACUGCAGAAGAGUCCAGAGGGAGGAAGUGAUCUCUUUAUGCAGGAGGCAGUGAAAAAGUUCGGAAAGGUCAAUUGUUUUAUCUCCCUUUCUGCCCCUUCUCCCAUUCUACUUUGGUAGCUGAAGUAAAAGCAAAUCUGUGCAUGCACACGCAUGUGUGUGUGUGUGUGUGUGUGUGUGUGUGUGUGUGUGUGUUUAUAUCUCUUACUGAAGUAAUUCCAUACCCCAGUCACAAAGUAAACCUCUGUCAUCACCAUACUUACUUACCUUAUAUUAUUAACACAUUUCAGUGAUGCUGCCAAAACAACACUAGCAGAUAAAGAAACUCAGCAUUGUUUUAAAUAUGUGAGAGAACAGAAGUUAUACUUAACUUGUCUAUUCUCUUACAAUGUGCACUUGUAAUAAUUGGUGUUACUUCUCUGGAGUGUAAUUUCAAGACUAAUCCAUGCAGAUGAUUGUGAUUGCUGUAAAAGGUUGCUUAUAUGUAUAUUUCUUCUGUAGAAAAUUCUAUUUCUAUUUCUCAAAGCACAUUAUAGACAUUCGGAGAAAAGAACAAAUGACUGCCUUGGCAAGCAACCUUCUGAGAUAAUGUAAACAAGUGACCAGUAGCUCACAGAAUCUUUAUACAGAUUUAUGGGAAUUGAAAAUGUUGCCUUUCACUCUAGUGCAUUUUUACUUGGGUAUUAUACUUCAAAAUACUCUAAAGCUGCUAUAAGUAGAGAAAGCAGAAGGUAAUAAUGUCUAAGUUUUUUCCAUUUUUUCUUUAGUGAAAGUACACACAUACACACUUAAGAACAUACCACUGCCGGGUGAUGGUGAUACACACCUUUAAUCCCAGCACUCGGGAGGCAGAGGCAGGCAGAUCCCUGUGAGUUCGAGGCCAGCCUGGUCUACAGAGCAAGAUCCAAGAUCCAGGACAGGCACCAAAACUACACAGAGAAACCCUGUCUCGAAAAACAAAAAACAAAAAAAAAAAAAAAAACACAAAAAAGAACAUACCACUUUCACACACUUUUUUAAACAAUAACCACAAAAUUUAAUUUCUACUAAUUGAUGUAAAUAACUACUGUAUGCAUUUUUGACUUUACAAAGUAUUUUCUGAAAUAUUGUGGUAUGGCUUAGUUGAGGUUUUGUGUUUUGGUUUUGUUUUUAUAGUUUUUCAGGCUGUAGAAAAUUGAUCUUGAAAUGUAAACUUUGACUGAAAUUUAGGGCAUUUGCCCUGCCAUAAUAUCUUACUGGUCAAGGUUGAAAUACUGAUGUGUAUCACCUUUUCCAGAUGUGAACUUGCCUUAUUUUCUAGUUUGUAAACAAGAAUGAAUGAAGUACUAUUAUUGAUAAAUUAUAUAUUUGUAUUUAAAUGCAUUCCACAUGCUUUUCACAAAUGUUAGAGAGCCUUUCAGGGGAUACAUAAUUAGCUUAUGUGACUUAAAAUAAUACUGUUCCAGCCACUUGCACUUUUCGUUUUAGGUUGAAAGGUAUCCCCCCAAAAAAGUACAUAGUACCAUUUUUAAAAUAAAACCAAAUUAGGCUGAGUAUUUUAUUUAUUUUUGUUUAUUUCUGCCACAGAUGAGAAAUACCAUUUCUACAACUUUUUCUCUAGAACAUUACAGAAACAAGUUAGCCGGUUAGAAUAUUUUUUUUUUUUUUUACUGUAAUGCUUGACCAUAAAUCUGAUGGUUUAAGACCAUAGCAAUGUAUUCUACCAUGGUCCUGGAGGCUAGAAGCUUGACAUCUGAGCAUCAGACCAUUUAUGCUACCUCCAGAGGCUACAGCAGAGGCCCCUUCUUUGCCUUGUUCAUCUUCAGAUGGCCAAAGGCAUUGUGUGGCUUAUAGCCACGUUUUUCUCUGUUCCUCUUCACAUCACCUUCUUCUCUGUGUACCUGGUAUCUCUCUGCCUCUCUUGUAAGCAUGCUGAUGGUGGCAUUUAGAGACCACCAUGUUAAAACUCCAUGAUAGCUAUGUGAUAGCUAUAUGACUCUUCUUCCAAACAUGCUAACAUCCUCAUCCCACCUCUUUGUCGACUGACCCUCAAAAUGUAUGUUUGCCCCAUAAGUAAAAUACAUUCACCCCAUCCCAACAUUCCCCAGACUCAAACCAUUAUAGUAACCCCUAAAUCCAAAAUUUUAAUCCACGUCAUUAGUUUCAAAUCCAAUAAUCUAGAUCAUCUAAUGAAGUAUGAAUGAUAUUUAUGAUAUGUUCAAUCCAGAAACAAUAUCCUUUCUCUACCUGGGACUCAGUGAGAAAACAAAAAAAAAAAAGAGUUAUUUUCUUCUAAAAUAUUACUGAGGCCUGGACUAAUAACAAAGGGAAAGAACAGAAAGUAGAAAGGAGUCACCUGCCCCAACUGUUUGCAAAAGAACCAGCCAAACAGGUUAUCCAUAGGCGUGAAGGCAUAGCAAUGGCUGUCUGUCUCAGACCCUUUGGAACUGCAGCUCCUUUCUCUUGGAUAUGGGACUUGACCUCCACUCCAGGGCUCAGGUCUCUGCCUUUGUACCCACAGUUGGUUUUGCUAUUGGGGUGCUCCUUUUUCUAAUCUGAAAGUUACCAAAUUUUUGCCAAUGAGUAAUUUUAUUAACUUGUUUUCUGCCCAUAGUGAUCUAUCUGGCAGCUGUCUCUCAUUUCCUCCUCUCUGUUCCCUUCAAGCCAAGCCAGAAAUAUUAUGAUAAUUACUGUAUUCUCAGAAAAAAACAUGGGACUUCCGUGUAUGUCAUGUGAAGGGGGACAUCACAGUUCUUUCCUAGGUAGCUUCACCUGUGUGUGGCUUUCUCCGAACUAGUUGAAUGAAUCCAGGAGUGUGUGCCUGAUCUAUUCAGUGCUAUCCUUUAAAAGCUGGCAGGCCACAUCCUUCACCUUAGCUCCAAAGCACAUCUUCAUUCUAGCAUCUUUAAGAUUAACAAAAUUUGCCAAGUCAAGUGCUGUUUCCUUAUUGAAAUAAUGGCUCUUGUUCUUCAAUUUGCCUCUUCUUUUUUUCCUUAACUUUUUCAUUUCCUCCUAUUUAGCUCUUUUUUUUUAAUUAAUACAAAAAGUAAUGAGUUUCAUCAUGACAUUUUCAUUUGUAUUUUGUUUUUCUGUUGCCCCUUCUCCCCACCUUCUAUCCUCCUACCCUCACUUCCACCACUACCCCUGUUACCAUCUCAUCAAUAACUCCUUUUCCCUUUCAUGUCUUAUAGGUUAUCCUCUUCUCUCCUCCCUACUCACUUACGACUUCUGCCCCACCCCCAGCAAGAAGGAAGCAGCUAAUACCUACAAUACUUGGCUUGCCAAGCUCCUCAGCUAAUAACCCAGCUUUAUCACUUGCAAGAUCAAGAUUGGCUUUCCAUAAAACUGUAGGAGACAAUUCAAAUAAGUUGUUGUUUUGGUUGUUUUCUUUUUUGCUGCUAUAUAACAACAGCUGCCUUUCUUCUGAUUCCCAGUACAAUAUUCAUUUCCUUUUGUGUCCUCACCAAAAAUGCCUUUAACAUCUACAUUCCCAUCAGUGGUUUGGCUCAGUCAAUCUAUAGUUUCUCUAUUAAGUUUGUCAUCAAAAAUUGUUCCACCUUCCAUUCAUUAUCCAAUUCCAAAGCAACUUUACAUCUUAGGUAUUUGUCACAGCAAUACCCCAUGUCAUACUAAAAUUUCUGUUAGAGUCCUAUGGUUACUGUAACAGAUUCCCACAAACACAGUGGUAUAAAAGAGUAGAUUUCUGGUUCUGUUGUGUUUUUAAGGCCACAAAUCCAAAACCAAGAUAUUGGCAGAACAGCACUACUCUGCACGAUCUAGUAGAAAAUCCACUCCUUGCCUCUUUUCAUGUAAUUUUUGUUACUCCAUCUCUCUCUGCUCUGCCUUUUUGACAUCUUCUCCUCUGUAUAUAUAAUCUACCUCUGCCUCUCUCUUGUAAAGAUAGUUUUGAUGAACCGUCCAGAUUAUCUAUGAUAAUGUCCUUAUUUUCAGAGCCUAAAUUUAGUUACACCUCCCCAUACCUGCUUAACCAAAUACAGUAAUAUCCCAAAUUCUGGUGAUUAGCACAUGAACAAACGUCUCUUUUUUUUGGGGGGGGGCAUAAUUCAACCACUACAGUAGUCAUUGCAUAUAAACGUACUUUACACUUUUUAAAAUGUAUCCUUGGUGCUCAAGCCAGAUUUAAGGUUGUCAUUAAAAGCUACUGUCUGCACAAGCUACUGCAUGCUUUGUUAUUAAAUUGACAAAAGGCUAUUCUAAAUUUUGGUUGAUACUUCUGCCACUGUAACCAAUUAGUUGAAAAAAAUUCACAGAUCUCAACUCUGCUCGAGUGUAUCUCUUCUGCCCUUUUUAUGGAGUCUUUGUUCAGAUGUCUUCUAUGAUGCAUAAUGCAGGCACAAAACUACCUCUGAUACAGAAGGGUUUUUACAAGCUUCCUUUAGAUAUUGUGAAUCCCUCUGCUGAAGGGAGAGGUGAAAGCAAAGACUGUGUUAAAUGGGUAUUGAGGGAGAUUGUGUCCAUAGCAAGCCACCUUAAAGAAAUAGUUCAAGUAACAGUGAAAUUGUCAAUUUGUGCUCUCAUUUCGCCUCGGAAUAAACACCUGUAUCUGUGCUGGACCAAUAAUGACUUGCAAUCUCUAUAUAAUGCCAACUAAUUCAAUAAAGCUUAGAUUUGCAUUGAA